AUGUCAGGCUUCGACGUCUCAAGCUACCCCCACAUCCUCACCACCAUCCUCUCACAUGUCUCUUUCGACACGCUGCCGGCGCUCCGGGGCGUGAACAAGAGGAUUGGCAAGUGGGCCGAGUCACAGCUCUACAAGCACGUUGUCGUCCAGGUGUCGAAACAAGGCAGGAUUGACCUCCUCGACCCAUACCUCCACCGCCCCAUGGCCGGCCUGCGCUUCGCCCCCACGUUUGAUGACACGCAGCCGCCUAUCCGGGGCCAGCCUGCCCUUAUCCGCCUUAUCAGCCUGCACUGGCCCCCCGGCGACGAACACGCGCACAGGCCUACCCUCCGGCGUCUGGCGACCCACACGACCACAUUCGAUUUCAUUGGCCACUUCCACUUCCACUUCCUCCAGGGCCCGAAGGGCUGGGCCGACAUUCGUGACAUUGCCUCCGCCAAACGUGUGCGCUACAUCGACCCCAUCUGCCACAUGUUCAAGAAACCGCCGACGUGGUUUGGCAUCAUCCUCUCAUGUUCGACCCCAACACCAUGCUCGUCAACAUCUCCGAGCACCCCCACAUACUCGACGCCAUCCUCUCACACGUCUCAUGGUCCGCCCCCCCCGGCACUGCGCGCCACCAACAAGGAGCUGGCCAAAUUCGCCAAUGCGACGCUGUGGAACCACCUCGCCGUCGCCCCUCACGGCCCAGUGCUGGCCGUCACCGACCCGUACACGAGGCGCCGCGUCCCCGGGAUGCGGCUGGAGGGCGCACACACAGGCCCCACACUGCGCCUUAUCGCCCAACAGACGGCGACUGUCGACCUCGUCGGGCACGCGGACGCGCUGCACAAGCACCCCCUUUGGCUCCAUUUCCGCCGGCUCGCUGAGACGAAGCGUAUCCGCUGCACACAGGCAAUUAGUGACCUGCUGCUCCAGCCGACGGAGGUGGUGCUCCACUUCGACGUCGACGUGUCGCGCCUGUCCCCGACCACACAGCCCUCACCCCGUUUCAAGCGCCUGCUCGCCUUCGUCUCGAUCAACGACGCGCUCGUCGCCCCCCGCCUGCGCGCCCACGAGGCGGGGUUCAAGGCCGCCGCGUCCGUCCUGAGCCGCUCCGACGAGCUCGUGCUCGUGUUCGUCCCGGGCGCCCAGGAGCCCGACAUCGACUACUGGCGCCGCAAUUUGCAGCCGUCGCCCGUCAGCCACUUGCACUAUCGCGCGUUCGAACUCGUCCUCGGGAAGUCAAUCACCCCGUCGUUCGAGCUCGAGCGCUCGGCGACCUUCGUUGGGAUGGAGACCUCGAUCCACACCCGUCUCGUCGUCAAGAUGGACACCACCUCCUCCGAGGCGCAGCGGCUCGAGCAUCUCCGCCGCGAGAUGGACGCGUUGAUCCAACGUAGCAAGGACCGAUUGGGGCCAAGCGUUUACCCGGACGUAUACCCCGAGAUCAAGGUGCGCGUCGAAGCGCUGUCGACGUAUCCUCGCUCGGCGGGCUACAGCGACUACGAGUGGGCGGUCGUCAUGACCAAGCCGGGUGUCAAGCUCCCUUCCCUCCCUCGUGGCCAGUUGAGUGCUUCAAGAGCUGAGCCGGCACCGGGAGCAUCUAUCAGCGCCAUGUCGUGCAUGCCUCCACUGCUCGAUGUCUCGCACCGCGGCCUCAACUGCCCGCUGCUGCCAAGCACGACAAGCACGACGCGCCAAGCCGAGCCCCGCCGCCACGCCGCCACGCCGACACGCACUGCGGAUCGUCGGCCAACUCCGGCCAGCAGGGACUGA